AGCCACCACUGUACGCCGCUAACCCAUUUAAUGACAUUUUCACAAAACACAAGUUCUCUUUCACGUUAUUCAAUUAUCCGUAGCUGUAAAAUUGCCUCGUGUCUCCCUAGGCAUUUUCAAUUAUUAGUUUUUGCAGAUUAUGGCGAAGCUGUCUAUAAAAGUCUUCAUAGCACUGUUAUGUGUAACAGUGAUCACCGAGGAAGCAGUGGCUUCUAAAAUAUGCGACAGACCGAGCAUAUUCGACAAAAAGGACGUCAUUGCUCAGUAUCUCAAAUGCUUGAAAUCUCUCAGUGCUGAACAAAGGUCAGAUGAUGAGAAGCUUCUUGUAGAAAACUAUCAUCCAGUAUCCCACGACAUGCAGUACUAUGUGGGACCAAAUCCCGACUUGCAAGAAUUAUACGAAGUUCUGACUACUUACGAUAACUAAAACCAAUAAAAUGCACCAGAUGAAUGUUCCAUUCCAAUAGAAAAGAAUUGUGACACCACAGAGAUUUAUUACUUUUACCUCUCUUGAAGUUAUAUGGUAUUUUUAAUGAGGCAGCAAAGCACGAGGGUUGCUUCAAGAAAAGGGUUCCCAACGCUGUAACUUUGCCGCGCGUGAAGCAAGACGAAAUCUGGCAACACCGUCGUGUUUGUCGGCUCUCCCACCACCGAUCGCAACAAGAAGCGCCUAUUGGCGACGCUCAGUACCAGCCCAGUGCCAGA